AUGUCGAAGUUAGACGAUCUCUUCGAUAAAAAGAAAGAUGAAGCUUUGCUGCUGGAUUUGUCGAAAACAGUCAUUAACAAUGCCGAAGAGUAUAGAGCUGUGUUGGAUAAAGUGCCAGAAUUCAAAACGCGACCCGAAAAGGUGAGGGCAGACGACAUAAAAAUAAAGGAUAAAUCAGAGGACAAAAAGACUAAAACUCCUCGGAAGGAGGUGCGUGCAUACGAGAAGUUAGGGACGCGAGGGUACGAGGAGAAGCAAUUCAAGUUCAUGGACCCGAUACCGGUGGAGAUGCGAGGACUGAAGUUCGAGGAGCUGUGCGCCGUGCCCAUCGAGUGGCGGAUGCUUACCUCCGUCAGGCCAAAGUCCAAGUUGGAUGAGGAGUAUUUUAACAGAUUAAUAGAACUAGGGAAGUUGCAGUUAAAGACUCAAGCAAGAGAUAAGAGAGAGUUCAUCAAAAACCCCAUGGUCCGGAAAACCAAGAACCGGUCCGGCGUAACGGAGACGAGAAUCGUGUCGUGUGCCGAGUGCGGUGAAGAAUAUUGCGACGGUAAAAUGUGCGUGAUAACGAACUACGACAUGUUCGCGCGCAUCAAAGUGGAGACGGAGCAUAAGCCGCGUCCGGCGCCGGCGCCGACGGGCAAGCGGCGCCCGAUCAAGCGGCGCGUGCGGCCGAGACGAAAGCCACGCAGCAAGAGCGCCCAUCAGGCGCCACCGAAGACUAAUACACGGAAAUUCGGGGCCAAGAGCGAUUCAGAACUGUAG